AUGCUAGAUCACAUCGUUACACUCGAUCUUCCUUUUGAGACGGAAACUCAGGCAGAAAUAGCCAUGAAGACCAUGUCUGUGGACCCCAUUUUGAAGAAAGACGAAAUCAAAGUUGACUACACCAUACAAAGCAAUUUACUUACGUGUCGAUUUGCCGGUGUCAGCGAUAGAGUCAUUCGAGUUGCUGUCAGCAGUGCUAUAGACAACAUCAAGACAAUUAUUGAGUGCAUGGAAGAGUUUGAUGGGAAGGAGAAGGUUGUUUUCCAGAAGGAGGGCGGAAAACAUCACGAAUACUCCAUCAGACCAGAUACCUUUGCAUUCAAGGUCCUGAACGACCCCAGCAAAACAGACUCAAUUGGAGCACAUCCGCUUCAAAAAGGACAGGGCAGUGAAAGCUCAUUCAAUGUCUUGGAGUACAUCUACAAAAAUGCCACAAACUAUCCUUUCAAGGACCACAGUCCCCAGGAUGUUUUCAACAAGUACCCAGAAACGAAUGCUGCCAAGAUGGCUAGACUAAAAACGAGGCCCCGUAAAACAAAAAUGCUUGUAUCAGAUUUCAUUGACGAUUCCCUUUAUAACCCUCAUUAUGGGUAUUUCUCCCAAGAAGUGGAGAUCUUCCACAAGGACAAGCCAUUCGACUAUAAUGAGAUUGAAGACGUUGACGAGUUUAUGGAUGCCUGGAAGAAGGCUUAUACAAAGUAUGACGAGCUCAAUCCAGAAGUGAACAAGGUCAAGGCCGAGAGAGCUCCAUCGGAAGAUAAGGAAGCAAAGCCUAAGUCGUCUAGCAAAGCAUUGAUAUCACCACAAGAUAUGCCUCGAGCAUCUCCAACAUCCAAAUUUGCCAAAGCUGCGCAAACAGUGCAUCGUCAAGAUUUGGUAGCUAGCGGAGGUUUUCCAGAAACGAAAAAGUCACAUCAGCUUUGGCACACACCUACAGAGCUCUUCUCUCCAUACUACGGUGAGGCCUUGGCCAGAUUCAUUGUCGUGAACUACAAGCUCAACGGCUACUAUCCAUACGACGAUCUCAUAAUCUACGAAAUGGGCGGUGGAAAUGGUACACUCAUGUGCAACAUCUUGAAUUUCAUCAAGCAAAACGAGCCAGACAUCUACAGAAGAACCCAGUACAAGAUCAUUGAGAUCUCUGAUCAAUUGGCUCUCAAGCAGUACUCUCAAGCGCUAGGCCAGAAGCUAGUUUCACAAGGCCUCGACCAGAAUAAAGUGCAGAUCAUCAACAAGUCUAUCUUUAAAUGGGACAAGGUGAUCCACGAUCCCUGUUUCUUCAUUGCAUUGGAGGUUUUUGAUAACUUUGCUCAUGAUGUCAUCCGUUAUGAUGUCACCACUGGCGAACCUUACCAAGGUCAUGUUCUCGUAGACGAGUCGGGAGACUUCUACGAAUUCUUCACCCCAGAAUUGACAAGAUACGCUGACGCAUAUUUGAGUUUGAGAGAGAAUGGCAGCUUCCCAAUAUUACCCCAGACAAGGAAUAUGAUGGGAAAAGUGCUCCUGUUGAAAUCAAUGUUGCCUUUUGUCAACACCGACAGCAUACAUCCUUUGUUCCAUUCGACCUUCAAAGCGUCGGUCAAGGAUAGACUCCUCCCAUUCAAGGACCAUCUUACACCAGGAGAGUUUAUUCCAACCAGGCUUCUUCAAUUCUUUCAGAUCUUGAAGCACAGGUUUCCAAACCAUACCCUCAUAAGUUCAGAUUUCAAUUAUUUGCCAAACACAAUGCCUGGCUACUACAAUGCCCCAGUGGUCCAAACAGUCAUCAAAGACAGAAUGGUGGAUGUGUCUACCUACAUGUGCCAUCAGGGCUAUUUCGACAUCAUGUUUCCUACAGACUUUGCCUUGGCUAGUGACAUGUAUAAACAGGUUACGGGCAAAUUGGCUCGGGUAGAGCUGCACAAGGAGUUUUUGCAGCAAUGGUCUGAUGUGGAAGCCACCACUACCAAAAAGGGUGAGAACCCCAUGCUCGACUUCUACAAGAACGUGAGCUUCAUGGUAAGCUAA